UAUGAAUAUUAUUAAAAAGUUAAAUUAAAUUGAAAAUUAUAGGAAAAUGUAAAAUCGCGUUACUAUCUCAUGCACUGUAUAUUUACGCAACAGUUAGUGCGUAUUUGCGAUGGAGCAGGCAGUUUUAUAGUGGUAGAGGCCACUUUAAACAAUUUUUUUAUAUUUUUAUAAAACUUUUAAGCAGAUUUAUCUGCGACCAGAAAUAUACCGAAAUUUCAUUUUGUUAUUAAAAUAAUGGGUUUGCUUGUGAUGCAGAAUUUUCAUGGAUUAAUUCUGUUUGUAUGGAUCGUAUCUAUUCUAACCUUGUCUAGGAGCGAUGUGGUUAAAACAGAUGGUACUGCACCUUUGACAUCUGGUUCAAGUGCACUUUCAAAGGAUGAACAACAAACGUUAUCCUCAUUUGUUCAUUCCACAACUGAAUCUGUUGGAUUCACUGAAACAUUGAAAAACAAUGGUGCCACUCCUCAGGUUGCCGGAGAAGGUGGUCCAAUUUCUAUUUCUUCUACUAUGGGUGGUGUUGCUUCUCAUUUAACGAAUAUUUCUGAUAGUUUAAAUAAGCAAGACACUUUAUUAAAAGAAGAGGACAAUAUUCAAAGUACAGGGAACAGAAAGAUUAAUAAAAUUGUGUCAAGAAAAGGGGCAAAUGAAAUGUUGAAUAUGAAACAAGAAAAUGUUACUCAUACUGAAUUGAUGACAUCGAAUAAUACGAAACUAAUAACUGAAUCUUCUUCAGUAGCAAAUACUACUCACAAUGAUGAGAAACAUAUUGCUCUUAAUACGAACAAAUUGAAAUUAAAUAUUACUGCUGUAAAUAGUACCAUAAAUUCUGCAAAUGUAUCUCAAGAAAAUGUAACAAAAAGCACUGCUGUAACAGCAUCUUCAGUUCAAGAACAUCGACCAAAACCAACAGCUACAGUAGUAGGACCUAACAGUGAUAAGCGAGCAUUUAUAUCUCAUACAAAAGGUGCACAUUUAGGAAUGUCAAAGAAAAUUGAUUAUGUUUUGCCAGUUAUUGUUACUCUUAUAUCUCUGCCAAUACUAGGUGCUAUUAUUUUUAUGAUAUAUAAACAAGGUAGAGAUUGUUGGGACAAAAGACAUUACCGGAGAAUGGAUUUUCUUAUUGAUGGAAUGUACAAUGAUUAAUAUUUACAAACUUGUUUAUAAAGUUGGUUCACAAUAAUGCUUUUAUAUACUCAGUAUAAAAUGUA